AUGUCGAAGCGAGGACGUGGAGGUACGUCAGGUAACAAAUUCAGGAUGUCGCUGGGUCUUCCAGUGGCAGCAACGGUUAACUGCGCAGACAACACAGGAGCUAAGAACCUUUACAUCAUUUCGGUUAAAGGAAUCAAAGGUCGUCUCAACAGGUUGCCUUCUGCUUGCGUUGGAGACAUGGUUAUGGCCACUGUCAAGAAAGGUAAACCGGAUCUGAGGAAAAAGGUUCUUCCUGCUGUGAUCGUUAGGCAGCGUAAGCCGUGGCGCCGAAAGGACGGUGUUUUCAUGUACUUUGAAGACAAUGCUGGAGUGAUUGUGAACCCCAAGGGAGAAAUGAAAGGUUCUGCGAUUACUGGACCGAUUGGGAAAGAGUGUGCGGAUCUUUGGCCAAGGAUUGCGAGUGCUGCUAACGCCAUCGUCUAA